GGCAACUAAAAGUCCUUCAAGUAUACGGCAGUGGAUAAUGUCUCCAAAGACAUUUCGAUGUGGCUCUCGUGGAUGCAUUGCGAGCUACCAACGAAAAGAGCACCUCCGCCGCCACGAGAAACAGCACCACCAGCAGGCCCUCCGUUGCAUAGUCUGUGACCAUGAAUUUGGUCGAAGGGACACUCUCCGACGACACAUGCAAAAGAUACAUGACAUAUCUGAGCCUCCACAAGUCAAACGGGCAUGUACACAUUGUCGAAACCAGAAGAUCCGAUGCGAGGGAGGGAAUCCGUGUAAAGAGUGCUCCAGACGUACAAUUGACUGCUCGCGGAGUGGACAGAGAGAAUCUACCGAUGAGAGCCCACCAACACUGCGGCAAGAUAGCCCUUCACUGCAGACAAAUCACUCAGCAAAAGGAAGUCAUUAUCUGGAGCUUUACUGGGAAUUAUUCCAUUCCCACUGGCCAUUCAUACACAGGACCUCGUUUAGCGAGCACGAAACACCCCUACUUAUCCAGUCCAUGGUUGUCCUUGGUCUUUGGAUGAGCCAGGAGCCGAACGCAGAAGCAAAGGCCAUUGAGCUGCAUAAUCUCCUUGGCUCGGCUUUACGUGACCAGGCAGACGUAUGGGACGCCUUCAAAUCCGGGCAGACUUGCAACUCCCUUGCAUGGCCCCUCCCGACAUACCAGGCAAUUCUACUGCAUAUCAUAUUCGCCGGGGUCGUCAAGCCUUGUGGCGCUCUUGGCCUCGAUCUGAAGCCUUGUUUGCUCCCUGACGAUCUCGAUCUUCUUACUCGUCUUGUGGCGAGCUGCAAGAAGAUAGGAAUGUUCUAUUACCCAAACAUGCUAUUCGGAUGCUCAUUACAUAACGUAGGGCCAUUCAAUUGGGUCAUUGUGGAGGAGGUGAAGCAUUUCAACCUUGCACUGUUCAAGGUUUGGAAGGCGUUUGGCAAAUCAUCCAAGCAUGGUAUUGGCAUCGACAGUUUGCAGGUAGCUGGGUCUGCGGAUUGGGGGCUUGGACCACACGACCUGCAGUUUCCCUUGCCAAAGAAUGUGGAAUUAUGGAAUGCCAAAAGCAAAGAGGAAUGGCUGGCCGUCGGUGCAGAGAAAAUGGAGGGCCCUGAUCUAAACGACACUCUGAUGUCGGAAUGGAUCGAGAACUCAGCAGAGGUCUUAGAGGGUAUUGGUAUAUGAUUCCAUCAUUUACACGUAAAGAAAUAGAGGGUGGCUG